AUGGCUCUGCAUCGGGACCGUCGCCAGUCUGGCCCACCGAGCGCCUCAUCAGCGACCAUGGGCGCAUUGCAUGUCAUUUCUCGCCAACAUGACUUCCUCGCAGGCCACACGCUCCAGCCGGUCUCCGCCUUCAGCGCCGUCUCCGGACUCGGUCUGUUCGACGUGGAGGACAUGUCCAAUUCCUUUAUGCCUGGUGGUUAUCCAUUAUACGACCGUCUGCGACCCCAGCCACUCUACAGCUCUAUUGACGGCUCCGUCUACUACGAGCCGCGCCGACCACCAGAGCGCGGGUUCCCACGUCCGUUGAUCCAGUCCCGCCAGUGUCGCCCGCACUCGAUCCACAUCCUCUCAUACCCCUCUGGCUUUGUGCCGCACGAUCUCCGGCCCCCCAAACCGUCUGGGCGCAAAGCGACAAGGCACGAGAAACAAGACGAAAAGAAGAGGAAGAGGGAGGAAGCAAAAGAAAAGAAGAGGGAAGAGAAGGUGCGAAGGAGGGAGGAAGAGCGGCGCAGGGAAAACCAAGAGAAGAGGCGAUCUCUACGAUCUCUGCGAUCGCUACCACCGGGCAGCGAAAAGGUCGGCAGGGUCAUCGACAAGAUAUUCGCCGCCUUCUCCAGCACCCCGAAACCGGCACCCACCGUAUCCGCAACCCCAACCCGAACCCCGAGGACAGAGUCUCGACCGUCCAGCUUCAUCAGUUUCGCUCGCAGGCUAUCUCGGCUCGAAAUAGCACCUCCAGAGCCGAUCGUUGUUGAAGAACCAAUCGCCGAACCGUCCGCCGACAUGAUGACUGGUGCCGCUGUUCCCCGGCCCCGCGCCGCAACCACGGCCGCCACGUCGACCAGCCGGAAUAACAUGAUGUCGAUACGUUCGGCCAAAACCAUGAUGAGCUCGUCUGUCUCCGAGGUCCAAAAGCCGGUUGCAUCAGGUAGCGGCGUAUCGUGUUCCAUUCUCUUGGCCGAGCCCAACGUUUUCCUGACCGGCUUCGACCACGAUAGCAACACCCGCCGCGGAGCCCAAACCACCAGCGCCCUCCUUCGCGGGAAGUUGCAGCUAAAUGUGUCCAAGAACGUCAAGAUCAAGUCUGUCUCCUUGACACUAGUCGGCAAGGCCAGGACGAAUUGGCCCGAGGGCAUCCCCCCGGCGAAGGCAGACUUGUUCGAGGAGCAGACCCUCCGCACCCAAUCACUGGUCUUCUUCCGGGCCAUGCACCAAGAGAUGUGGGAUACCGAGUACGGCAGCCAGUGUACCUAUGUUCACAAGCCCACUGGCUUGAUGGGCGCUCUACAGCCAACUGCCUCCAGCGGAGCUCUCCCGAUCCUCGGCAAGGGUCGCAACAGCACUCUUACCGCCAAAGAGUACAAGAAGCUCUCGUUGCAAUCCGUCAACUCGCGGAGCUUUGGCAAGGGCGAUUCCCCCCAUAUCAACCCGGUCCAGGCAAAAGGGUACAAGGUGUUCCGUCCAGGUACCUAUGAAUACUCCUUUGAGCUUCCCCUCGACCACAGCCAGUUGGAAACGGCAAAACUGCCGUAUGGGUCGGUCCGAUGGGACCUCGAGGCUGCCGUGGAGCGCGCGGGCGCCUUCAAGCCCAACCUCCACGGCUCGAAAGAGGUGUCGAUUGUUCGUUUGCCUGACCAAAUGUCGCUUGAGACAGUCGAGCCCAUCUCGAUCAGCCGGCACUGGGAGGACCAGCUGCACUACGAUAUCGUCAUCUCCGGCAAGAGCUUCCCUAUCGGAGGAAGGAUGCCCAUUGCCUUCAAACUCACGCCGCUGGCCAAGGUGCAGGUCCACAAGCUCAAGGUGUAUGUAACGGAAAGCAUCGAGUACUGGACCAACAACCGCCAUGUGACGCGUAAGGACGCCGGCCGCAAGAUUCUGCUGCUCGAAAAAGCAGCUGGUAAGCCGCUAGAUAAGCAGUACUCGGAAAGCGAUAUUCGCGUGCUCAGCGGCGGCGAGCUUGCUCCCGAUCAGCGAGAGGAUGCUCGGCGGAUGGCAGCACGCCGCAGGAUGAGGGAUGCCUCUCGGAACCGCGGCGUCGCCCAACCGUUGCCUGAGCCGAGUGACAAUCUUUUAGGCGAUCUCGACCUCGGGCUCGAAAGCUUCUGGGGCAGCACCGAGAUUGAGAUGAAUGUUCAACUUCCGACAUGUGACAUGAUGACGCGCGACAAGACGCUCCGGCUGCACCCCGACUGCAGUUGGAAGAAUGUCAAUGUCUUCCAUUGGAUCAAGCUCGUCAUGCGCAUCUCUCGGGCAGACCCCGACGAUCCCACUGGGAAGCGCCGCCGUCAUUUCGAGAUCAGCAUCGACAGCCCAUUCACCGUUCUCGACUGCCGCGCCACCCAGGCAAACACAGCGCUCCCGCGCUACUGCGGCAGCGACCGGCCGGUCCUCGAGCAACGACAGCAAAUGUCGUGCGGCUGCCCCGAUGCCCACCCACUAGACGCGGGGGCGGCGGCAUUAUCCCGGCCCCUGACCAUGGUCGAAGAGGACACCAUCAGCCUCAACGGGCACCGGCUACGCCUCAACUUCCCCCUUCCGUCAGGACUCCCGAACCUGCCGCAAGCAGCCCACCUCCAAGCCGCUGCUGCCAACGCGAGAGCCAACGGACGGCCGGACAGCUCGCACGUUGCCCGCCCAGAAACAUCCCUCACCCCCGUCGACCCCGAACGCCCAAUCCACCUCCUCCGCCACCCGUCGCACAACCCCCCAGCCUUCGACGCCGACCAACCGCCACCCACCCUCCCUCUCCAAACACCCCCACCACACUACGACAUCAUUGUCGGCACCCCCAGCGUCGACGGCCUCGCGGACUAUUUCGCCCGGCUCGCCGCCUACGAAGGCGACUGCGACGGCGACGGCGACACAGACAGCACAGGGCUAGGCAUCACACCUCCCGCCUCGGCAAACACCGGCACCGCCACCGGCGAGACCACCGCCACCCAGACCCAGACCCAGAUCCAAGACCAGGCGCAAGAAGUCACCGCCGCCGACAGCGACAACGACAGCGACACCAACACCAUCGGUCCGGACACGGCCGACACCGAACCCACGCCGGCGGCUUCGGAUCCAACCUCCUCCUCGGCAGCUGACACCCCAGUGGUGGCGGCGGACGCGCGCGCUGCCGAGGUGGAUCCGUUUAGUGCGCUGCGCUUCCCACCACCCGACGACGAUGGUAAUGGUGCGGGCGUGGGUGCGGCGGCAGGUGAUGCGGCGGUAGGGGACGCGGAGUCGGAUGAGGAGGAAGAAGAAGAAGAAGACGAUGAGGACGUGGAGGAGGGCCGGGCAAGGCUGCACCGCGGCGGGCGGGUCAAUGUGGCGAAUCCGCGCACGCCGGGGGGCAGACUGGUGCCGAGUCGGAGUUUGGAGAUUGAGCGGCCGAUGGUGAGGUUGGAUAUGACGGGGGUUUUGAUGCGGAGGGCGGGGAGGUGA